AUGAAAGGAGGACAAUCGUUUGGCAGAUCAAGUCAUAAUCCAAUGGGAUCAUCAAUGGGGAUGGGAAGUGCUUAUGGAACAAGGAAAAGCGGCAAAUUAGCUGGAGCAGGUGUCAGUUUUAAUCCUCAAACUUCAAUGCUUGGAAGUCUAAACCUUGGAGCUUCAAUGCACUAAUCAACUGUACCUAUGAAUUUUAGAGGUUAAGAUAAGAAUCGUGAUCCAGCCUUAGGAACUAAUCCUAACCUAAACGUUGAAGAUGAAUAUAUCUCAAAUCUUCAACAGCAAAUUCAUUUUAUGGAACUAGAACUUAAAAUUUUAAAAGAAAAAGUCGUAGAGGAUGAAAAAAAAAGUGGCAUUGGUUCUCUGUUUGACGAUGAGAAGUCUAGUUUCUAGCAUAUAUCCUUGCUCAAAUCAAAGUACAUCAAAAUGAAAAGAGACUUUGACAAGAAAAUAGAAGAAUUAAACAAGUAUAAGCUUGAUGUUGUAGGCGACUAGUUUGUUCUCGAUUCUCAAAUUUCAAUUAUGCUUUAACAAAAUCACAAGAUUGAGGAGCUUCAAAAGCAAUAUGAUUUUGAUACAAAAAAGAGACUCUUUGAGCUUGAGAGAGAAUUCAAAGAUACCUCUAAAUAAAGAUUCGAUCUUGAAAACGAGUGUAGAUCACUAGAGUCAGAGUUGAAUAGAGAGAACGAGGACAACUACAACAAUAAGAUGACUAUCAUAAAAGACAAGGAAUUCGAGGAUUUGCUUAAUCAAAGAUUCAGUCUUGAAAUGCAUCUUUAAGAAGAGCUCAUCAAGAAUAAAGACUAAGAAAUCCUAAAGCAAAAAGGUGAAAGAUAGGAGGUCAAGCUAAAGUUUGAAUAGAAUGUAGAGCUUUAGAAAUCUCUUUAAGAAGCUAGAGAUCUUAAAUAAUAAAUUGAAGACGCUAAUGUGUAGCUAGAAAUCUUGCAAAUUUAAGUCAAAGAACUCGAAGAUGCUACUGAAUACUUGAAUGACAAAAAGGAAGAGUUGAUUGAGUUGAAGAAAUAAGCUGAUGUCAAAAAUGAAGAGCUUAAAAAAGAACUAGCAGCGAAAGAGGAAAUCGCUGCUAAAAGAUUGCAAGCAAAACUCAACAGAGAUAAGAAUGUCGAAGUAAAGGAAUUGAUUGCAUAAGAAGAAACUGCAACUCAACACAAUACAGAGCUUCAACAAAAACUUGAGGAUGAGAAGAAGAAAUACGAAGGACUUCUUGAUGAAAAGCUGGAGAUUGACGAGAAAUUAGCUACUACUCUCAAGAAUCUCGAUUUCUACAAGGAUAAAUUAGCUGAAUAACAAGACCAUAUUAAUAACCUAAAAACUCAAAUUGAGAAUUAAUAGCUCAUAGCUGAUGAUCUCACCAAACAAGUCGAGGAAGAAAGAGCUACAAAUCUCAAAGAGGAGGCAAGACAUAGAUAACUUGCUCAGAUCAAUGCUUCUCUCUCAGCCAAGUUAGAUUUCAUUACUUCAAAGUACGAUUUCACAUCUAAUGUCAAUGUACUAAACUCGGAUGAUUUCAAAAGUUUGGUAGUCUCAAACAAUAUGGUAAACGACACUGUUUCAGGAUUCGUAAAGAAGCUAGAUGUAGUCAAAGAAGAGAUAUAGAAGUACGAAGCACUCAAAUUCGAAUAUUGA